GAAGAAGUCUCUUGGAGGGGGACUUUCCUGUUUCCGCCUGUCAGCCGUAGACUGGUAGAAAUCAGAGACGCCUAUCUGCCAUCGUCGUUGUGUUUAUAAUAGCUGAUUUUUUGCUGAAUUUAAUUCUUUCCUAAUAUUUUGUGAAAAGCGUGCAAAGUCACGCCAAAUAGAAACUUAUUACAUGGUUUAAGUAUAAAUUAAUCUGAAAGCAAUAAUUGAAAACGUCAAAAUGGCUUGGCGUUUUAAAGCAUCUAAAUAUAAAAAUGCAGCUCCUAUUGUUCCUAAACCAGAGGCUUGCAUUAGGGACAUUUCAGUUGGUUCCUAUCAAACUUAUGGCAAUAAUAUUACAGCAUCUGCUGCAUUUAUGGCAUUUAAUGUAGAUCAUAAUGGAUCUAAUCUUGCUGUAUUACCAUUGGAAGAUUAUGGAAGAAAAAGCAAAACUAUGCCUUUACUUCAUGCUCAUGCAGAUACAGUAACCGAUAUGGAUUUUUCUCCAUUUCAUGAUGGUUUAUUAGCUACUGGUUCCCAGGAUUGUCUUGUUAAGCUAUGGCACAUACCAGAAGCUGGCUUAGAGGAACCUUUGUGUAAUCCUGAAUGUACAUUCUCUCAUCGUCAAAGAAGAGUGGAAGUGGUUUGUUGGCAUCCUUCAGCUGAACAUCUUCUUACAACAGUAUCAUAUACAAAUUUGUCUCUAUGGGAUGUGAUUUCACAACAAGAAUUAUUUUCUAAUAAUGAACAUGCAGAUGUUAUUCAAUCUUUAAGCUGGAAGCAAGAUGGCGUACUCUUGGCUACAUCUUGCAAAGAUAAACAAGUGAGAAUCAUAGAUCCUCGUGCUUCUACUUGUAUUGUUAAUUGCUGUUCCAGUCAUCAAAGUAUCAAAGAUUCUAGAUGUGUGUGGUUGAAUAACAGUGAUAGAAUACUCACUACAGGAUUUGAUGCAGCAAGAUUAAGACAGGUUUAUAUAAGAGAUUUGAGGCAUUUAAAUGAACCUGUAAAAACCUUAGAAUUGGAUUGUAGUACAGGUAUUUUAAUGCCUCUUUUUGAUCCUGAUACAAAUAUGCUUUUUUUGGCUGGAAAAGGAGAUACUACUAUUAUGUAUAUGGAAGUUAUGGACAAAGAUCCAUUUUUAGUUGAAGGUAUUCGUCACAGUGGAGAACAAACAAAAGGAGUAUGUUUAGUGCCAAAACGAGCACUAACUGUGAUGCAAGCAGAAGUUAAUAGAUUAUUACAACUCACUUCCACUAUGGUGAUACCUAUUAUGUAUCAAGUUCCACGAAAAACAUAUAGAGAUUUUCAUGCUGACAUUUAUCCAGAUACAAUAGGAUGUGUUGCACAAAAUAACGCAGCAGCCUGGAUUAAAGGACAUAAUAUGUCUGUUCCUAAAAUAUCUUUAGAUCCUGCUAAAAGAAAUAAGGGGGAGGAAUCCAUUACUGUACAUAAAGGAAACUUAGCAACACUCAAGGAAAAUGAACGAGAAAUAAAAAUGGAGCAGAAACAAUUGAAAUCCAUAACUGCAUCAAAAGUUUGUAUAAAGACACAAGAAGGGAAUGACAAAGAGUCAAUAUCUGAGGAUGAUAUUGAAAAAUUAGAAGAUCCAAAGAAAAUAGAAAUUGAAGAUGACAAAAAUAAAAUUCAAAAUGGAGGUCAGAUGAUUCCACCAAAACCUUUACCAAGAUCAUCAAGAACUAAUAGCAUUUCCGAAGAUGAACCGAAGCCAGUCGCACGUCCUCGAACAUCGCCAAAUAUGGGCUCAGUAGUUACAUCCGUGAACCCUAAUGCGAUUGGAGGAUACAAGCCCUCGACUUGGCCAAAACCGUUUCAAGCAAAAUCAGGUAGUCAAGAAUUUUCUUUUGACAAGAUUUUUUCAGUUCCUGUUGCUCCAAAUAAUGAUACAAAUGGUUAUCAAAAUGAUUUAAAUAAUCAAAUAGAAAAUAAUAUUGAACCAGAAAAAUCACCAUCAUUUAAUAAUGAACGUAUCAAAGAAACAGAAAAUGGAAAAAGUGAUUCCAGUUCUUUGGAGGAAGAUACAAAUUCAAGUGAUUCUGGUUAUAAACCAAAAACACCAAGCACUGCAGAAAGACGCAAAGUUUUUGAAAUAAAAAGUAAAGAUGAAUCGCCGGAAAAUGAAGAAUUAGGAAAUUUCGAACGAGGCAAUACAAACAGAAAUUCUAUUGCUGAGAGAAGAAGACUUUACGAGAGUCGUUCUGUAUCUGUAACCGAUGGAAAUUUAGCAGAGAAGGCAAUGGGUUCACCAACAAUGUUGAGACGUAGAGAUUCCUUUAAAACCAAAAGUGAGGUGAUUAAAGAAGAUGAAGUUAAAAAAGUUAUUUCAAUGUUGCGCCAACAAAGUAUGGAUCCGCGAUUGGAGAAAGUGGAUAAUUCUGUAACACCAACGCCAAAGAGAACAUCAACUGUAUUUGGUAGAGUAUCAAAAUUUCGACAUUUAAAAGGUACACCUGGUCAUAAAUCUACUCAUAUUGAAAAUAUAAGAAAUAUUAGUCGUCAAAUAUCUGGAGAAUGCGAUGGUUUUCAUGCUAAUUCCGAUCGUGUUGCGGUACCACUUAGUGGACCAGGUGGUAAAAUAGCAGUUUUAGAAUUGAAAAAAACCGGAAGAUUACCAGAUGGUGUAAUGCCAGCAUUAGUACAUGGUGCCACUGUAAUGGAUUUUCAAUGGAAUCCAUUUGAUAAUCAACGAUUAGCUGUUGCAUGUGAUGAUGGAAUGAUUCGGUUAUGGGAAAUACCAGAAUCUGGAUUAUCAGAACCAACAAACGAACCAAAAUACAUCAUAAAGGCUCAUACCGAUAAAAUAUAUUUAAUUAAAUUUCAUCCACUAGCAUCAGAUGUUCUUGCAUCAGCAUCUUAUGAUAUGACUGUGAAAAUUUGGGAUUUAACGCUUUUGUCAUCUUGUGAUACAGCAGUUGCAAAAAUAACACUAAUGUGUCAUACCGAUCAAAUUUUUAGUCUUGCAUGGUCACCAUGUGGUCAGUAUCUUGCAAGUACAUGUAAAGAUGGGAAAUUACGAAUUUACAAACCAAGAUCUAACGACGUACCAAUUAAAACCGGGAAAGGACCUGUUGGUACUAGAGGUGCACGAGUUAUAUGGGCAUUGAAGGGACAAUUUCUUGUUGUAUUAGGUUUUGACAAAGUUUCGGAAAGGCAAAUAUAUGUUUUUAAAACAGAUAAUCUUAAUACUCCAUUGACAACAGUUGGUUUAGAUGUGUCACCUGCAAUUUUAAUGCCAUAUUAUGACGAAGAUAGUUCGACACUUUUCUUAACAGGACGUGGUGAUUCUACAAUAUACGCUUUUGAAGUAACAGAAGAACCUCCAUAUUGUUGUCCACUUAGUCAUCAUCGAUGUAGUACUUUGCAUCAAGGUUUAUCGUUUCUUCCUAAGAAUAAAUGCGAUGUUGCUAGUGUAGAAUUUGCAUCAGCAUUAAGAUUAACAAAUAAUACAAUAGAACCCUUGAGUUUUACUGUUCCACGUAUAAAGAGUGAACUUUUUCAAGAUGAUUUAUUUCCACCAACUAAAAUUACAUGGAAAUCAACUAUGACUGCUACUGAAUGGUUUAAUGGUGCUAAUAAGCAAGCAUAUAGAAUAAGUCUAAAACCACCUGGCAUGGACAACUUAACUGAAAAUCAAGGCCAAGGAAUAGUUACAGCACCUAUUGUAGUAAAGCAACAAUCAACAACACCAUUUUCCGUAUCUGCUCAAUCUUUCAAUAGAUUAGGAUGGAAUCCUGAUGUGAAAGCUAAACAAGAAGAGAUCCAAAAAACUAUGAGUAACUUUGUGGGCGAUGUAAUACAGUGCUCCUUAGAACAAGAUCAUAUGGAAGGUGUAGAGGAACACGAAUGGGAUGAGUGAAAAUUGGUAUCAAUAGAUAAAUAAUCAUAUAAAAAUAAAAGGUAAGAUGAAAUAAAUUUAAAUAUAACUGUUUGAAACAUAACUUAUUUGUAAGUUAAAAAUCAUAAUAUAAGCAAAAAUAUUUCAAUAAUUAAUGUCAUACAUGUUGAAAGAUAUUUAUAAUUGCAAUAAUAGUUUC